AUGGGGACAGAGUUUGGUUGUUUGACCUACUGUGGUCCUAACAUAGAAGAUCUUAAAGAUGAGUUUAAAAAAUUAAUUGUGAAGAAAGAUGAGUUGCAAGAGUUGGUCAAUGAGGCCAAAAGGAAAGGGGAAGUGAUCAACCCUCAUGUUUUGAAUUGGCUAAGCAUGGUGGAAGAGAUGAACAGCGAAGUCUCGCGUUUUGAAGAUGAAGUCAAGAGGAGAAGACGAUGCUUGAAUUGGCUGAGUUUGAGUAGGACAGCGCAGAAGAUUAAACAACAUGUUCUUCAUCUCCUUAAAGAAGGAAAAUUCCAAAAUAUAGCCCAUCCAGCAGCUCCACAGAUCCAAAAUGUAGCCCGUCCAGCAGCUCCACAGACGAUACGGCCAACAUUAACAGCAGGCGUUAGAGGCCCUAAAUCCAGAAUAACAGUCAUGAAUCAUGUCUUGGAGGCUUUGAAGAAUGAAAAAAUAAGAAUGGUUGGGAUUUGUGGGAUGGACGGUGUGGGUAAAACCCUAAUGGCGGAAGAAAUCAUUCAAAUAGUACAAGGAAAGCUGUUUGAUGCGGUUGUGAAGAUAGUUGUGUCCCCAAACCCAAACAUUACAAAAAUACAAGCUGAAAUUGCAGAUAAGGGAAGAGAACGAAUCCUAUGUGAAAGGAUCCUCAUUGUAUUAGAUGAUGUAUGGUCAGUUCUUGAUUUUGAGGCAAUAGGACUUCCGCUUGGACCUUCACAUAAAGGUUGCAAAGUUUUGUUGACAUCAUCGAAUUUGGAUGUGUGCUAUGAGAUGGGGAGUCAAAAGAACUUUACACUCCCGAUGUUAACUACAGAAGAAGCAUGGGAGCUAUUCCAGGAGACAAUAGGUGAACCCUUGGAUGCUGAUCCUGAUUUAUGUGGUAUUGCAAAAGCGCUCACAAAUGAAUGUGGAGGUUUACCGUUUAGUGUCGUAACUAUUGCGAAAGAGCUACAAAAUAAUAAGAGUAAGUAUGAAUGGGCUAAUGCCCUUCAGCAACUAAAAGCGCAUGAAAUUCCUCCCCAAGCUUAUUAUUCUAAUAUAAAACUCUGUUAUGAACGAUUGGAGAACGAUGAACUCAAGUCAUGCUUUUUACUAUGUUGUUUAUUUCCACAAGGUUACGAUAUUCCAAUUGAUUAUUUGGUUAGAUAUGCGUGGGGGCAAGGAAUAAUUUCUGACAGGUUUGAUUCAGUGGAGGCAGCAAGAAUGCGAGUGCAUUUUUUGGUUGUCAAACUAAAAAGGAGGUUUUUGCUGCUAGAUAGCAGCAAGGAAGGCUGUACCAAAAUGCAUGGCGUAGUUCAUGGCGUUGCCAUAUCAAUUGCUUCCCAAGAUAUGGAUCUUUUUAUGGUACAAGAUCAAGCUGGAUAUAGAAGUUGGCAAAUAAAACCUCCAUGCAAACAGUACACUGCAGUUUCACUGAAUGAUGUUAAUAUUGACAACCGCAUUGUGACUGGUUUGGGGUAUCAAAAACUUGAACUUCUACAACUGAAAAAUACCCACAUUUCAGAAUCUUCCCUGGAAAGCAUGUUGGCAGGGAUGAUGAAGCUCCAGGUUUUAUAUUUAUUACAUACAGGUUUUUCGGGACUGUCAACAUCAAUUAGAGUGCUGCCAAGAUACCUUCGGACCUUAUCUCUAGAUGAUUGUGCAUUGGGAGACAUAUCUAGUGUUUGGAAAUUGGAGAAUCUCGAGAUCCUCAGUUUUGCGCGUUCCAACAUCAAAGUGUUACCGAAAGAAGUUGCACAUCUUCAACAAUUAAGGUUGUUAGAUACGACAGAUUGUUCUUAUCUAAAGGAAAUUCCUCGUGGUAUCCUAUCCACCUUAAGUAAACUAGAAGAGCUGUACAUGACACGCAGCUUUAAUAAAUGGGAGCCUGCAGAGGAAGUAGAUCUAAGCAAAGAAGGUGAGAUCCGGAUGGCAAGCUUAGCUGAGGUGAUGUCUCUAACGUCUAAAAAUUUGACAGUUUUAGCCAUAGAUAUACCAGAUUUCAAGUUGUUUCCGGAAGAUGAAGUGCUCUUGAAAAAGGAAACAACAAGAUUUCAUAUAUCUAUAUGCAAGGCUAAUACUUUUCGUAUGCCACAACCCCUGGAUUACGGAUUUAAAAAUACUGUUAAGCUGGUUGGUGAUGCAAAGGAGUUCAUUAAAAAUGGAGAUAUUAGAUUUCUGUUGAAGUACUCUAGAGCUUUGUACUUUAGAGAAGCUAAAAAUCUGAACUGUGUCCUCAAUGACCAAGUAAGUUUUCAAGGCUUGGAAGCUUUAUCGAUUCAAAAUAGUAAGCAGGGCACAGAAUCUCUUAUAAGUGAUCGAACGGGUGAGACUGCCUUCCUUCAGUUGAAGUCACUUGAGCUAAACGAGAUACCGGAUUUAAUAGCAAUAUGGCAAGGGCAGCUUCAAAAUCAUCAAUCUUUUGGCAACCUAAGAUCCCUUCAGAUCAGUUGUUGUUCUGAGUUAAGAUGUGCCUUUCCAGUGUCUAUAGCAAGAAACUUGGUACAACUCCAGUCCUUAGUUGUUUAUCUAUGCGAAAAAAUGCAAGAAAUUGUCUCAAAUGAGGGGAUGGAAGAUGAGAUUGAUGCACCUUCCAAGGUUGCUUUUCCUAAUUUAACGGAGCUCAAUCUGUCUGGUGUAUCAAACCUGGUUAGUUUCUACAUAGCCAACCAGCCAUGUAACUCAAAACCUGAGAUGGCAGAGACUUGGUCGUCAAAUCAAGGAAAUGAAGCUGGCGGGUCCUCUUCUAAGAAAUCAAAAAUACUACUUCCACCAUAUUGCAUUUCCUGGUUAAAAAAUCUAGAAGAACUAGAAGUGAAGCUGUCAUCAAAAAUAGAAGUUCUAUUUGAUCUAGAGGGCCAGAUGGUUCAGGGGAACACUGAAGAAAUUCCGGUCUCCUUCACUCAACUACGAAAAGUGUGCCUUACAAAUCUAAAUCAGCUUGCACACUUGUGGAAGAACGUUCCAUGUCGAAUCCGGUGCUUUGAAAAUUUAAGGUUUUUAACAGUCCUAAGUUGUGACAGCUUGAAAUACCUGUUCUCCUACUCAGUGGCCAAGCAACUUGUGGGUCUUGAAGAAUUAAAAAUCUCUUAUUGCAGGACUAUGAAAACCAUAGUCGAACUUCAGUAUAAAGAAGAGAUAGAGUCCACAAGGAUCUUGUUUCCCAAACUGAGUCUUAGACUAGAAGACCUGUCAAGCCUUGUGAGCCUCAGUGAAGGUGUAGAUGCUGAUAAUACUUUUGUAUGGCCAUCCACAAGAGUUACACCGUCGACAACUAUUAAUGAGUCAGAUGACAGUGAUAAUCUAGAAUGUCUUGAAGUGGAAGACUGCGAGUCACUGCAAGUGAUAUUCCAACCUAAAGAAAGCAAUUAUGCACACAAAUUUACCAAGAUCAAACGAUUGGUAUUAAAAGCUUUGCCAAUGUUAAUUGACAUAUGGGAAAUGGGUUCGCAACAAAUCGAUGGCUUUCGGAACUUGAGAUGGCUAGAAGUACAUGGUUGUGAGCAAAUGACAUAUUUGUUUUCACCUUCCAUAGUUAAACUUCUUAUCAGCCUAGAGCAGAUAAAAGUUAUGGACUGUUGGAUGAUGGAAGAAAUUGUUGCAGAGACAGAAGCAGAACAUGCAGAGGAAAUUGAACUUCCUCUAGUGAAUUCCAUCAUGCUUCGUAAUCUACCAAACUUCAAGCGUGUGUGCACUGAAGCUUAUACUUUAAAGUGCCCAUCCCUGGCAGAAUUGGUUUACAUUGAAUGCAAUCCAAAACUGAAAAUAAAACUUGAUCUCGGGGUUCUACGCACAGUUCCUGCAGAGAAUGCAUCUGUCUUGAAGCAAAGAGAGGAGAUUAAGAUACCAGUGAGAGAUAAUGAGAGUGGUGGUUACCAACAAAGAGAACAGGUUAGGAAGGUGGAUGGUGGUUUUCUCACACACAUUGUCAAGGUGGCAUGGGAGUUCGAACUUGAGACCACUGGUUUGCAAGACAAUGCCCUUUUCCACCGGACUUGA